AUGCGUUUCGACAUUCUCUCCGUCGGUCUGCUGGCCACGAGCGCCAUGGCGCGCUGUGUGCCCAAGGGGUUCGUCACGACCAAGGGCACCAAGUUCAGGCUGGACGGCAAGGACUUUCCCUUUGCCGGCAGCAAUGCGUACUACUUUCCCUUUGACAAUAACCAAGCUGAUGUCGAGGCUGGUCUGACCGCCGCCAAGGACGCCGGUCUCAAGGUGUUCCGCACCUGGGGCUUCAACGACAAGAACGCGACCUCGGAUUUCAAGAACGGCAUGCCCAAGUACGGUGGCGAGGGCGCCGGCGCCACCGAGGUGAUUCUGCAGAAGUGGUACGACAACGGCACCUCCGUCAUCGACCUCGAGCCCUUUGACAAGGUCGUCGACGCCGCGACCAAGGUUGGCAUCAAGCUGCUCGUCGCCUUCACCAACAACUGGGCCGACUACGGUGGCAUGGACGUCCCCCGCCUGCCGGGCCGACGCGUCGCACCUCCCCCGCAGCCCGCGGGCUGCAACCCGGCCGUCAUGUCCGCCUGGACCGACGAGAUGUCGACCUUUGUCCGCAGCAUCGACCCCUACCACCUCAUCACCUGGGGCGGCGAGGGCGCCUUCAACCGUGAGUCCGACGACUGGGCCUACAACGGCGCCGACGGCUCCGACUUUGACCACGAGAUGACCCUUAAGAACAUUGACUUUGGCACCUUCCACCUCUACCCCGACUGGUGGAGCAAGACGGUCGAGUGGUCGAACCAGUGGAUCGUCGACCACGGCGCCGUCGGCCGCGACGUCGGCAAGCCCGUCGUCUUUGAGGAGUACGGCUGGCUCCAGCCCGACAAGCGCCUCGAGUACCUCGGCCAGGUCCGCAACGAGACGAGGCUCGAGGUCAUCAGCCACUGGCAGGAGCUGUCCAUCGAGGGCGGCAUGCCCGACAUGUACUGGCAGUACGGCUACUGCGGCUACUCGUACGGCUGCAACCACAACGACGGCUUCACCAUUUAUCUCAACGACACCGAGGCCGACGUCCUGAUCUACCAGCACGCUGCCAAGGUCAACGGCGAGAACUAG